UCCACCUUAAAAACCUCCAACGAGUGAAACUUUUGCCUUUAACUCCGCGGGUCCACCUUAAGCGCACACGCAACCCAGGCUGGCGUACAGCGAGGUUUCCGCUUCUCAGUCGGGCUCGGACCGCGGCUCACGAAAAACAUUGUGUGCUAUGAACAAGGUUGACGCACUGAAGUAAGAAAAAACAAGUAGAGAAGAAAGCCACCGUGCGUUACCAGGAUGUCUGAACCCAAGUACCGCGAGUGGAUUUUGGACACUAUCGACUCACUGCGGUCGCGAAAAGCACGGCCGGAUUUGGAGAGGAUUUGCCGAAUGGUCCGGAGGCGACAUGGGUCCGAGCCCGACCGAACCUGCGCCGAACUGGAAAAACUGAUUCAAGAGCAAACCGUGCUCAAAGUUAACUACAAGGGCUCCAUCUCAUACCGAAACGCCGCCAAGGUACAGCGUAGGAGCAGAAAAAAGGACGAUGUAACGUUAGCAACGGCUGGGAGAAGAAGCGCGACGGAGGAAGCCAGUCACUCAGACUUGAGCAACGGGGACAGCGCUGUUGGUCCCGCUGACCAAGAUGACGAGGAUUUGGAGGCCGAUGCCUCCAUGGCCAUGGACACGGACAGUAACGCAGAGGAGGCAGACGAGAGCCGUGAUGGACAGGACGGACACUUCUCUGCAGUGGCUUCUGUCUCCUCCACCCCUGUGCACUGCCCCCCUGUGCACUGUCCCCCUGAGCGUGCUGUGUCUGCCCCCUGCUCCCCCUCUGGCUCACGGCCUGUCCCGGGACAUGGCUCGGUUUUGGACGUGGUCACUUUCCAGAAGGGUGGUGUGAGGCCCAGCUCCUUGCCCCCCUCCAGCCCCAGGGCCCUCGCACACAAUGACUGGGUUUAUGAUUCAACUGUCUGUUCAGUGGAGCGCCAGCACCCAGGAAUGCACAAAGACAAAGUGAUCACAAAACCAGGGAUCCCGUCUAUAAUGAGCAGUGCUUUGAAAGUGAAGAGAGAAGAGGGGAGCAAGAUUCAGGAAGGAGGAGUGACGUUGGACCAGUUGGUGCCAGACUACGCUGCCCGGCCGCAUCAGGAAGAGCCCAGAAAUGUAUCCAACGGGCGACCCCAGACGCUCCCUCUGCCUACUGAAAAUGGAAUCACAUUAACCAAGAAAAGAGAUGGAGCUGUUCUCUCAGUGGCAGAGGAAAGUCAUGUGAACGGUGGGAGCAGUGAAGAUGUUUCAGUGAAGAAGGAGACUAUGAACCCAAAUCUGUUGCAGUGGACCGUGGCUGAUGUGGCCAGUUACUUCUCUGAUGCAGGUUUCCCAGAGCAAGCAAUGGCCUUUCGAUCGCAGGAAAUUGAUGGCAAGUCCCUCCUCCUAAUGCAGCGCAGCGAUGUAUUGACUGGUUUGUCCAUCCGUCUGGGUCCUGCUCUCAAAAUCUACGAGCGCCACGUGAAGGUGCUACAGAGGACACACUUCCUGGAGUUCGAUGACCUUUGAUUCGCAUUGGCACUUUCCAUAAAGACUAAUGCUGCAUCGUUCAUGUGCAUGCAGUGGCUCUGCUCUCUUUCAUAUGCAGCACAUGUCGACAGAGUGCAGAGAUCUUCCACUGUGAGAAUGACCAUAACAAGACCGCCAUCCUACCUCUCAUUAUGGCCUUUGCUAUUCACAUAGUUUUCAUUUCACCCGUGUGGCUGUGCGUGCAUUGCUUAGAGAACAGACUGCUAUGGUCGAACUGUUUUAUUCUUCAAGAAUAAAAUAUCUCACAGCCAGGGGGAUGGAGUUUUGCACGUAGUGGACCGUAGGGCUCACAUACUCUGAGAGACUGCAGCCCUCAGGUCAGGGUCCACCAUAAAGUUCAUUGUUUGUGUUGGUGUCUUGAUAUUUCUGUCCUCUCCAAUCUUCAUGGUACUUUUUAGCCCAAACCAGAACCAUAGCUGUCUGGUCCUCACCUUUAAAUGAAAUCAAAAGAGCUGUGAGUCAGACUGAACAUACAGCAUGCCCAUUAGUGUUGGCUGCUCUGCUGUCACUUUUACCAUCCGUAGUUACCGAUGGUGGAUCGUUUUCUCUAACGUCGAGAUAUAACCAAUAUAAAGCUUCUGCUACCUGCUGGCAAGGCAAUAUGUUUUUCCUCGUUCUCAUUUAAAACAACUGUAGUCUUAAUAAAGUUUCAUUUUGGGGGAGACAUCUAUAUAUGUGACCAGGAAACAUUUGUUUUCAUAUCAUCUCUCAAUAAUUGAGAAGUAUAACCUAAUAUAGGAAUGAAAUUGUAAUUUAUUGUUAUGAAAUGAAUCCGGCUGCUCAGGGCUUGUUUACUGGGCAGACGUGUUGAUAAAAUGCAAUACAAAUUUAUAUCGUCAAGUGUCUUUUUGUGGUCUAUCUAAUCUACUUUAAAUAUUACAUUCCACUUUGUACAGUUCAUGUUGUCUAGUGUAAUUUUCAUUUUUAUCUGUAACAUGAACUAAGUCACAAAUAAAGUACAUGACUGUUUAA